CUUCAGAUGAGAAGACAUAAUGCGGCCUGGUGUAGCUCUUCACCCGAAGGUCCGCUAGUAAACAUAAUUUCGAGCACCGACAAGGCUCGCAUCCUAGGAGGGAUAUAUAAAUUAAUCGUAGCAUUAUUAGGUGUAUAUAAUUAGGCUUACACAAUGGAUGUAUUUUUAAUGAUCAGGCGAAAGAAAAUGACGAUUUUUACUGACGCAAAGGAUGACACCACAGUUCUCGAGCUGAAAAAGAUGAUCGAAGGUAUAUUAAAAAUAGCACCGGCGAAUCAACAGUUGUUUAACAAGGAAAAUGUCCAGAUGUCCGAUAACAAGACUCUCCAAGAUUAUGGAUUGACAUCGUCAACCGCGAAGGCGCAGUGUCCCGCAUUAGUGGGCUUGGCUCUGCGCCAACAUGCAGAUUCUCAGUUCGAACCCCUCGAGAUGACGCCGUUCUCAUUGCCACCUGACUUGCCCGAUGUCAUGAAGUCUCAAGAGAAUAAUGGACAGGAGCAAUCACCUUGAAACGACGACGCUAUACCAGUCGACGAUGAACUUUUGUGUCCGUACGCAAUUCAGUAAUCGUCAGGUCAGCUCUGAAUGUGGUAAAAACGGAGCGGGAUAUCCUAUGUAUCCAUGUGCUAUGUGAAUAUUAGGAUGUGAAUACCAUGGUAUAUCGAAUGUGCACUAUGCAACCAUUAGAUACGUACGACUUUAUACACGGACAUUCAGAGCCACGAAAAAUUUUCAAUAUUUGAUUUAAUGAGGAUGUGCUAUGUAGUCACGCGAUCUUCUGUUUUCAUAAGGACACGUGAUAAGUACUAAUAUGUACUUAUUAUGUUAGAGACUGAGGGUGAGAGAAUAAUAAAUCUAACGGAUCCUUGCUCACUUUUAUGUCGCGCAUCUAAACCAAAUUUAUACAGCUAUGAAGCAUAAGCGUUUUGUUAUCGUCAGAAUGCGAAUAAAUACCUCAGCUUACACUUAUUUUAUCAUGUGUUUUAGUUUAAAUGUUAUUUUAAAGUACAUUUUAAUCUCUCCGAACUAGAUGUCAUUUCUUUAUCUGCUUGCUUUCGAUCACCGCACGUGUGCCCUCCCAUAACGGUCUUACUAAAUAAUUCAAUUGAAUUCAACUUUGUAAAGAAUGCAUACUAGAAUUUUUUACUCGAUAUGCAAGAUAAGUGUAUUUAAACGAAAAAAGUUAACAUAUAUGCAGUUGUGCAAAGUAAAUUUGGAA